AAUAUAUGCUGAUAUUACACUAUUUUGUCUUGAAAUAUAAACAACAUCACAUUCAUGAAGUUUGUCGAAUUUAAAAACCUGCGAUACAAAGGAGCUGUCAUUAGCCACUGCAGACACUCCAACCCAUUUAUAUCCAUCUUCAUCUUGUGUAUCAUCUUCACUACUCACGAGGGCAACGGUACCAUCAUCCUGAACAACCUCUUUCAAUACCCCCUGCACACCUUGAACACCAAAAGACUCAACUGGAGUGACUGGAUGACACCUAAGGCCAAAGUCAAAAGAAGGGGUUUUCAGCGGAUAGAAAAAUACCGGGAGAAAGAUGUUAUCCGAUGUUUUUAUAUUCCCUCUUUCUGCAGAACCCUCAAACGAUGCAGCGAUUUGAAACAAACCCUUUACCCUAAUACGCUCGGAAGUCUUUGCCAUUUUAAUACCCUUUGUGACUAGAUCCUUGUUCACAAAAAAAUGAGAGUCUGAAAGACGCUUCUGUUUGGCUUCAUUGAUGUUAUGACUAUCCGUAAUAGAUGUAUCAAAGUCAUCCAAAAGCGUCCACAAAUACUCACACUUUGCAUCAAAAGAUAUCAAAUCCCUGUGCUCUCCAUUAAGAGUCAAAUUUCCGUGUAUUACCGGAACAAAGUCGUCAUUUAGAAAAAUAUCACGCUCAGAACUAGAUGGUCCGAAAAUUGAAGAGGUCUCAUUUGUCCACUGGUUGGCAGCAUAAAUGACACUUAGACAAGACAACACGACAUUAGCAAGCCCCCAUCUAACAGCCUUAGGUUUGAAGUUGGAAAAGAUAAAAAACAUAAAGGAUCCAAACACCCAUAAGAGUGGGAACUGGAAAAUCAAUCCAAGAAUAACUGUGAUCUUGAAUAAAAGACUAUCAUACGUUGAGUUGCUCGAUCUUGUAAUAAUU